AUGGCAUCUACAACCUACCCGAUAAGUACCGCCAUUGACUGCCCUGAGAAGGUAGACUACUCGAAGGCGUCUGGAAAAAGUGUCAUCGUCACAGGAGGCAGCAGUGGACUUGGAGCUGCUUAUGUCAGAGCAUUCGCCGAUAAUCGGUUUGCGUCCCCUGUCAGCGAAGAAUAUUGGGACCUGAGAUACCUUGCAGAGCAUUCUGUUCGAUAUGUCCAGUGUGACGUGAGAAAUUGGCAAGACCAAUUGACCGCAUUCAAAUCGGCCAUCGCCCAUUCUCCCCAGCAUUGUAUUGAUAUUGUAAUAGCUAAUGCCGGCAUUUCGGGUUCCGACGAGUUCUUUGAAGGCGCGUAUCCUCCUAUCAGUGUGAUGGAGGAUGACAUUAAUGCUAGUGAAGAUGACGGUGACGAACCUCGCCAGCCUCGAACUGGAAUUCUCGAAAUCAAUCUCCUUUCCCUUGUCUAUACGGCAAAGCUCGCAAUGCAUUACAUGAAGCGACAAGGACCUCAAUUUGACAGAUGUCUCAUUCUGAAAAGCAGCAUCAUGGGCUUUCUGGAUACCAAUGGCUCUCCCACGUAUGGAGCCGCCAAACAUGGCGUACGCGGGUUAAUGAAGUGUCUCAGAAGAAGGAGUGGGCUCCGAGUCAACGUGGUAGCACCCUGGUAUAUUGCGACGCCUCUGAUGAGCGACGCCGUCAUGAACACGCUUACAACACAAUUAAAGGAGCAAGGUUCUGGGUUCGCCCUUGUUGAGGAUUCAGUCAAGGCUGUCAUGCGUAUAGCUACCGAUGAUAGCAUCAAUGGUGAGCUCUUGCCUUGUUUCAUGGAUCAAAAUGAGAGUUCUGUCUGUGAUGUAGGGCGUUCAAUCGCUGUUCUUCCACGAGAGACUUCCAAAUCAGGUUAUUUGGAUCUCGAUUUGGAUGACUUCAAAACAGGAAGUCUUUACCAUGAUCUGCAAACGAUAUGCUCAAACCUUACACAUAGGCAGCUUCCCCCACAGGAACAGAAAUAG